AUGGCGCCCGCCGCAGCGUCUUUGACGCCGGGGUUUGCCAGUUUUCAAAAGGUCUUGUCCACGGAGCCGCUCGACACUUCGACAACUUAUUUGGCUUCAUUGCUUAAACGACGGCAAAUAAGAGGCUCCAAACGUUGCGCUGUGGUCACAACACUCCUGCUACUCCGCACCGUUGAGGUGACCAAACAAGCCGAUUCAGUCAAGUUGAUCCAAAGAGUCACAGAGGUUGGCAAAAAGCUCAUUGAAGCUGCUCCCCACGAACCAGCCGUGGGCAACAUCGUUCGAAGAGUCUUGGGAAUAAUACGAGAAGAAGAUGAAGAUGACGCCGCAGGCACAAAAGGAGGGGAUGAGUUGAGCUCAGUUGGCGGUGAUACAGAGGUCGAGUCGCCGGCGACAUCUGAACCUGCACAAUCAAGAUACCUCCCUCAUGCGAUCGUUAACGGCGAUUCUUCCAGCCCUUCGCCUCAGAUAGGCACUUCGAGUCCCCGCCCCCCGUUACUCAGCUCGCGCACUGGUGUCCCAGAAACUGCUCGUCCUGUGACCUCUAUGUUUAGCAUCAAUGCACAUCCGACAAUGCGGAUGCUGGGAGGACCAAAUGACUCGCCAUUAAGCCGCAGCGGUCAGGCUACUCCACAGAUGCAUGCUUCAGGUAUAUUCCAAUCGAAUAUUCGACCUGAAGUGAUCAAAGGGAUCAAAGAGAUCAUUGACGAAAUCAAUGCCGCGGACGAUGAAAUUGCCACUGCCGCCCUCGACCAGAUUCACCCACAAGAGACCAUUUUCACCUACUCCUCUUCCUUGACUGUUCAGCGGUUUCUUCUUCGAGCCGCCUCGAAGCGGAAGUUCACGGUUGUUCACGCUGAAGCAUAUCCCAACAACCACCUGAAGACGCACGCCUUACUUAGUGGGAACCAAGAAGCUGUCACAGAGGAUGAUGACAACCUUCCCAACGACUCGUUUUCCAAGACGUUGACUUCAGCCGGCAUCACGGUCGUGAUGAUUCCCGACUCGGCAAUCUUCGCAGUUAUGCCUCGCGCAAGCAAGGUCAUACUAGAUGCCCACGCCGUUUUGACGAACGGAUCCAUAGUUGUCGCAGCAGGAGGCAAGGCCGUCAUCAAAGCGGCGAAAUUCCACCGCAUUCCUGUCAUCGUUUUGGCAGCGACAUACAAGCUCUCUCCGGCAUACCCAUACGACCCAUUCAACUUGAUCGAGUACGGUGAGGCCGGAAAGGUGGUACCAUUUCAAGCGGGUGAGUUGCGCCACGGACUAGCAGAAGGAGCGAGAAAUCCGCUGUAUGAUUUUGUCGAGGCAGGAGAUGUCGACUUGUUCGUGACGAACGAAGUCCCUGCCGUCGUGAGCACGGGUUAUCUCUACAGGGUUGUGAGGGAACAGUACCGAGAUGAGGACUUGCAGCUGUGA